UACUUGGCGGUGGUGAUAAUAAUGGUUGUCGAAGAUCCUUUGUUUAAGGGGUUUGGAAGAGGGUUUAGGGUUGUGCCGUGUCUGUGCUCCAGCUCUCCGGCGCACUUGUGCCUGCGAUCGUCUCGCCAAAAUGUCGGUCAGCGAGGCUGCAUGUACCUACGCUUGCCUCAUCUUGCACGAUGAUGGAAUCCCUAUCACUAUCGCGACCUUGAUUAAGGCUGCUAAUGUGCAAGUAGAGGGUUACUGGCCAGGACUUUUUGCCAAGCUUUGUGAGAAGAGUGUUGACGACCUUAUCACAAAUGUUGGAGGUGGUGGUGGUGGUGGUGCCGUCGCUGUGAGCGCUGCACCCGCUGCAGCUGCCGCCGAGUCCGCUCCCAAAGAAGAAGAGAAGAAGGAGGAGCUAAAGGAGGAAAGCGACGAUGACAUGGGAUUUAGCCUGUUCGAUUAGAUACACUGUCUUCCCUACCAUAGAUCUCUGGUCAUGCAAUUUUGUUCCUUUCUUAGUUGAAGGGUAUAAUGUUCAGAGAAAGAUUUUUAUUUAAAAUUUUUUCUUACUGGCAACGGUCAAUAUCCAUUAAAUGAUCUGUGUGACAUGAAUGAUCACUCACUUUUAAUGAAGUGAGUACUUAAGGAAUACUUCUUUGAUAAUUC